AUGAACCCCAACUCCGCAGUGACCUUGGACUCGCUACCCAACGAAAUAUUCGUCCAAAUCCUAUCCGACUUCUCAACUCGGGCACUACUUCCACUCACAUCAGUCAACCACCGAUUCCAUGCCUUGGUCCUAAGAAUCCUCCACUACCGUCUGCUCCUAAGCACACCACUCAAGGAAUACGAAUUACUGCUGGAAUGUUUUCACCCUAGCUCAAAGCUCACCGAGCCGCACCUCUUUUGCAAAUACCUCGGUACGGAUGGACUGAGCGAGCGUCAUGAUGGCGCAGGUUCGUUAUACGAGAAUGUCGAUACAGCCCACCAGCUGGGUAGAGUGACAAAGCUAUAUUCUCGCUUCCGUCCAGAGGUAAUCAAACACGAAGAACAAGGCACAAAUGGCCCCAAGUUCGGUUUCUCGCCAGGUAGGAUGCUUCUGUUGUCCGGGGUAGUGGGGUUCAUACGGGCUGACAUAAAUGGGGGUCGAGAGGGCAAGGGAGAUGAUGCAGUGAUACGUGAGGUUACUUUAGAUGGAUAUGAGGAUUUCUCACAGUUAUGCGUGGUCGCCAAUCUAGUGCAAGUCAAGCCGGGGACGUCGUUGCUGUUGAGUGCAUCGACUAUUGAGGACGGGGUAAUUCGGUUAUGGAGAGAGUGGUUGCGUGAUCAAAGUGGAGAGAUAAAGAAGACUUCGGAGACUGACUUGGAAGAGGGCUCCGAAAAGGCUUCGGUGUGUUCCGAUGAGGAUAUACUGUGGGUGGAUAUAAGCAAAACCGUUGGGCUGAAAAUGCGUGUGCGGCCAAAGGCGUGGGAUCCGUCUUUCCCAGUGCUUGUACAUCAGGAUGAUCGGAAUGAUGAGUCUUGGGUUGGGUAUGAGAUUAUUUUGCAAGGUGAGUUGCUGCUACCGUUGAGAGGAUCCCGUAUUGACUUGAUAGAACUACACAUCCGCUCUACGCGCUUGCUGCUAGCUGUCGAGCAGUCGAAGGAAGAGCAGAAAAUCCAUCGAACUAACGCAAUAGUGAUUGGGGCUGCCCCAAUCUUAGUAUCUUGA